AUGCAACCCCACAUCAGCAAAAAAUCGCCCCCAGAAGCGCGCGGCCGCGCGCACGCCCUGCGGCUCACAACCCACCCGUCCGGCGCCACGCCCCGCACCCUCCAGGGCGCCCCAACCAGCCAGGGCGCGGGCGUGAUCCCCCGCGCAGUGGAGCUGAUCCUGGGGCGCGUGGAGGCGCUGGCGGCGCAGGAGUGGGAGUACCGGCUGGAGGCGUCCUUCAUAGAGGUCUACAAUAACACGCUCAGGGAUCUGCUCGCAGACGGCGCGGCGCGCAGCGCCGAGGCCGGCCGCAUACCCGACGCCAACGCGAUAAAGCACGACCCCGCCGGCGGCCACACCACCGUCGCCGGCGCCAGCCGCGUGCCCGUAUCGGGCGCCGCGCACGCGGCCGAGCUCGUGCGGCGCGCGGGGGAGGCGCGCGCGAGCGCGGAAACGGCCAUGAACUCUGUGAGCAGCAGGAGCCACUGCGUGUUCAUGCUGUACAUUACGGGCGUCCACGCGGCGAGCAACACGCGUCUGAGCGGCUGCCUGUGCCUGGUGGACCUGGCCGGCAGCGAGAGGCUGGACCGCUCCCUGGCGGAGCAGCAGCGCAAGAAGGAGGCCUGCAGCAUCAACCAGUCCCUCAGCGCCCUGGGGGACGUCUUCGCGGCCCUCUCGUCCAAGAGCGCACAUGUGCCCUACCGCAACUCAAAGCUCACCUACCUCCUGCAGGCGCGUGCGCCCUGCCUGGGCGGGAAUGGCAAGACCCUGAUGUUUGUCAACGUCAACCCGGAGCCCGCCUCUGCCGGCGAGAGCCUCUGCUCCCUCAAGUUCGCCGCUAAGGUCAACGGCUGCGAGACCGGGGCGCGGGGCGGCGCGCGUCGCAACGUGGGGGUCGCGGGCGGCGGCGGCGCGGGCGGCAGCGGCGGCGGCGGCGCGGGCGGCAGCGGCGGCGGGGCGGCACCCUUGCUGCACUUUGAUUGGCUUGUCGCAUGGCCGGCGCCCAUGCUGCUACUGCUGCUGCUGCUGCUGCUGCUGCUGCUGCUGCUGCUGCUGCUGCUGCUGCUGCUGCUGCUGCUGCUGCUGCUGCUGCUGCUGCUGCUGCUGCUGCUGAAGCAUUCACCCGCGGCAUAG